CGCGUAGCCCCGCGGCCCCGCCAACUCUGGAGAGGAGACCCCUCCAAAGGGGAUCGAGAAGUUGUGUCAUUAGGGCUGAUGCGGAGAGCAUGGUUCCCGCAUCUUCUCUUCCUGAGGGUCUCGAUAUCCUGUGUUUCGGGAGUCGGGAUUCCGGCUCAGCCAUGUUUGCUAUAAAACAUGGACGGUUGUUUGCCUCGAUUUCCCCGAGGUUGAUGGUUUCUGGCACACAAUACACCACACACCACUACCCACUAUUCCCAAUCAACCAAUCCCCCUCCCGGUGAGCUAUCACAGAGGUAUUGAGUUACCACAUCCAACUACCUCACCCUCACCCUCCCUCACCCCCACGCGUGCCCCAGACACCAAGCCAGUCAUGCCGUUUGCAAAGCGCGGAAUCCGCAUCGCCGGAUGCUCGGGCGGGUUCUCGGACCGGCAGCGAGCCAUCGGCGACAUCGCCAAGAACUGCGAUGUCGACUGCAUCAUCGGCGACUGGCUGUCCGAGUGCACCAUGACCCUGCACGGCGCCGCCAAGGAGGAGAACGCCCGCCUGCGCGCCGAGGGCAAGCUGGUCGAGGACACCCCGGGCCUCUUCGACCCGACCUUCAUGGACAACCUCGUGCCCGCCCUGCCGUACAUGAAGUCCAAGAACAUCAAGCUGGCCGUCAACGCCGGUGCCAGCGACACCGAGCUGCUGGCCAAGAAGGUCGAGGAGGAGGUGAAGAGGCAGGGUCUGGACCUCAAGGUCGGCUGGGUCAGCGGAGACGAGGUCACCGAGACUGUCAGGAGGCUGUACGCGAACGGAGAGGAAUUCACCUCGCUCAUGACUGGGAAGCCCCUGAAGGAAUGGGGCUUUGACGACAUCCUCGCCGCCCAAUGCUACCUUGGCGGUGCAGGUAUCGCGGAGGCCUUGAGACAGGGCUGCGAUAUCGUCAUUGCCGGCCGAGUUGCCGACGCCGCGCCUACCAUCGGUGCUUCCAUGUGGUGGCACGGAUGGGACCGUGAGACGGACCUGGACCAGAUUGCCGGGUCACUGAUCUGCGGCCACUUGAUUGAGUGCUCCUCAUACGUCUGCGGCGGCUACUACUCGGGCUUCAAGAGCCUGAUGGACGGCUGCGAGAACGUCGGCUUCCCCAUCGCCGAAGUCCAGGCAGACGGCAGCUGCAUUCUCUCCAAGGAAGCGAAUACCGGCGGAGAGAUCUCGGUCGGCACCGUCGCCUCGCAGCUCCUUUACGAGAUCCAGGGCCCACUCUAUUACGGCUCCGACGUCACGGCCAACCUCGAGGGCAUCGUCAUGACGCAGCUCGAGAAGGACCGCGUCCUCGUGACGGGCGUCAAGGGCCUCCCGGCGCCGGCGACGACCAAGGUGGGAAUCACGGCGUUUGGCGGCUACCAGGCCGAGUUCCACUACUACCUGUGCGGGCUCGACCUCGAGGCCAAGGCCGAGUGGACGGAGCGGCAGAUCCGCAAGUCGAUCGGCCCGGCCAUCAAGGAUCUGUCGUGCCUCAAAUUCACCCUCAACGGCUACUCCCCGGAGAACCCGCGCAACCAGGAGGUGGCGACGGUGGACUUCCGCAUCUUUGUGCAGACCAAGAAAAAGAGCCUGGUCGACAAGUCGACCCUCGACGUCCCCGGCUUCAACCGCUGGUGCAUGGAGAACUUCCUGCAGAGCUGCCCCGGCGCCAGCCUGGGCAACGACCAGCGCCAGUCCGAGGGCAAGCCGUUCUACGAGUACUUCGUCACCCUGCUGGCCCAGUCCGAGGUCAAGCACCGCGUCGAGCUGCCCUGGGCCGGCAAGUCGAUCGACAUCCCCGUGCAGAAGAACACCCGGGCCGACUACCCGCGCGACCAGAAGACGUACGAGACGGCGAACGCCGUCGACCUGGCCGAGUUCGGCCCCACGACGCGGGGCCCGCUCGGCUGGGUCGUCGGCGGGCGGUCGGGCGACAAGGCCAGCGACGCCAACGUGGGCUUCUACGUGCGGAACGACGACGAGUGGGACUGGCUGCGCAGCGUCCUGACGGUCGACCGCAUCAAGGCCAUGCUCGAGGGCAGCGACAAGGGCAAGAGCAUCGAGCGGUUCGAGAUCCCCGGCAUCCGCGCCGUGCACUUCCUCCUGCGCGACCACCUCGACCGCGGGUUCAACUCGACGAGCGAGUAUGACACCCUCGGGAAGAACCUCUGCGAGUACCUGAGGGCCAAGUAUGUCGAUAUCCCGAACAAGUUCCUCAACAGGGGGAGGUUCUGAGCGAGGAGGGUGCGGGGUUCGAGUGGGGCUGUUGGGAAGGAGGGAUGGAAUGGAACUUGCUUGCAUGUCUGAACAGCGAC